UCCUUGAAUGAGAGAGAGAGAGAGAGAGAGAGUCUUACAGUUACCAAAGUUGAAUAUUAGUUUCUAAACUGAUCAUGAUUCAUACACUUGAUCGCUUGUCCUCGCCAACCCCUCUUUCUUCUUCUUGUCCUCUUUCCUCUUUCACUGUCAUCAUCAACAAAGAGAAACAAGCAACAGCUAGUCGUUCUUUAGAGAGAAACAGAGAGAUCUGAAGCAAAAAAAAAAAAAAAAAGAUGGGUUGAAGUGUGGAAGACUUCAAGGAGAAGCAAAAGCAGCUGAAAGUUAUUUCCGUUUCAGCUGCUCAUCGAAUUCCAGAGCAAAGGACCAAAAAAGUUUUGGGUUUUGAUUUUAGUUUUGGUAGUUCGGUUGCUUAAGAGAAGUUACAAUCUCUACAUGAUUCUUGGACCUGUGUUUUUAUCGAUCAGGUGCUCUAUUUGGUCGUUCUUUUGGUGGCUAGGUACAAGAAUAUUGAGAUAAAAGGCUGCUACCUGUGCAUAUCAGAUGAAGUUGAUUUGACAUCGAACCAAUUCUUUUGUGGGUUGGUAAUAUACCUCAGCAUAGUUUCACUGGUUCAAGACUCAGAGUGCACUUUUGCAGGAAUAAAAAAGUAAAAGAAGCUGAAAGGAGUGUUGUUGUUCGGUAGAAAUAUGGCGGUGGCUCAUGCAAAUUCUAAGGGCAUGUACUCUUGGUGGUGGAACAGCCACAUCAGCCCGAAAAAUUCAAAAUGGCUUCAUGAAAAUCUGACAGAUAUGGACAUAAAAGUUAACCAAAUGAUUAAGCUCAUUGAAGAAGAUGCUGAUUCCUUCGCUAGGAGGGCAGAGAUGUACUACAAAAAGAGGCCAGAGCUUAUGAAACUGGUUGAGGAGUUCUAUCGGGCCUACCGUGCAUUGGCAGAGAGAUAUGAUCAUGCAACUGGCGUACUUCGCCAGGCUCAGAAAACCAUGGCUGAAGCAUUCCCGAACCAGGUCCCACCGAUGCUCUCAGAUGAUUCGCCUGCUUCUGAGUCUGAUCCUCGUACACCUGAAUUGUUAUUCACUGGGCGGUCACUGUUUGAUUUGGAGGAGUUCAGUAAAGACUCUGGAGACCCUGCUUCUAAUCUACCAAAAAAGAUCGGAGCUUUCACAGAGGAGUCUGACUCCAUGACUGGUAGGAAGAGCUUGAAACAGUUCAACGACAUGUUUGGCUCUGCAGAAGGAAGAGUACGGCGGGGUCUCAACUUCCAGGAGCAGAAUAGUGACGGUGGUAGAAGUUCCAAAGCAGAAGCUGAAAUUCAAAGCUUGAAGAAAGCAAUUGCAGAAUUAGAAGCUGAAAAAGAGGCUGGCCAUGUUCAGUACCGGCAGAGCUCGGAGAAAUCGUCUCAUCUGGAAUUAGAAUUAUCUCGCGCACAGGAGGAUUGUGAGAAACUUAAAGAACAAGCUAGACAAGCCGAGGCUGAAGUGAGAUUUUUGAAGGAAGCCCUUGCGAAGUUAGAGAUUGAAAGGAAAGCAAAUAUUACUCAGUAUGAACAGUGUCUGGAGAAAAUGAGUAACCUUGAGAACGGCGUUUCUUCCGCGCAGAAGGAUGCUCAAGAACUUAAUGAACGUGCUCGUCGAGCUGAAAGUGAAUCUGAAACCCUUAAACAAGACCUUCUCAAGGUAGAAGAUGAAAAGGAAGCUGCACUUGUUCAAUGUAAACAGUGGACGGAAAGGAUAUCUAAUCUAGAGAAUAAGUUAAUGCAAGCAGAGGAAGACUCCAGAAAGAUAGUUGAGAGAGCUGAUAAAGCCGAAAGAGAAGUUGAAGCUUUGAAGGAAGAGAUUGCAAAAUUAGCUGCAGAGAAGGAAGAUGCUGCUACAAGAUGCAGUCAGUGCCUAAAGACGAUCUCUGAGUUGGAGCAUAAAUUAUCUAUUGCCCAAGAGGAGACCCAGAGGCUGAAUUCCGAGAUAGAAGAUGGGGUCGAAAAGUUAAGAGGUGCAGAAGAAAGGUGUCUUCUGUUGGAGAGGUCGAAUCAGACUUUUCACUCAGAGCUUGAAUCUUUGGCACAGAAAACUGCCAGUCAAGCACAGGAGCUCUCGGAAAAGCAGCAGGAGGUUGGCAAACUUUGGACGUGCAUACAAGAAGAGCGCUUAAGAUUUGUGGAGGCAGAAACCGCAUUCCAGACUCUGCAACAUCUUCACUCCCAAUCUCAGGAAGAACUCAGGUCUCUUGCUGUGCAGCUUCAAAACAAAAAUCAACUUCUUAAUGACAUGGAAGUCCGUGAUCGGGGUUUACAAGAUGAAAUCCAGAAGAUUCAAGAGGAGAACAGGAACCUUGGCGAGCUUAAUUUGUCUUCAUCUCUGUCAAUUAAGAAUUUGCAGGAGGAGAUUUUAUGCCUGACGGAGAUGAUACAGAAACUUGAGGCAGAGAUUGAACUUCGCGUGGACGAACGUAAUGCUCUUCAGCAAGAAAUCUACUGUCUAAAAGAGGAACUAAAUGACCUGAACAAGAGGCAUCGCUUUGUUCUUGAUCAGGUGGAAGCAGUCGGCCUUGACCCGGACUCCUUUGGGCAAUCUGUGAAGGAGUUGCGGGAUCAGAACUCGGAGCUGAAGGAAAUGCGUGAACAAGAUACGAAUGAGAAGGCAGUUCUUCUGCAGAAGUUGGUGGUCAUGGAUAAGCUUCUUGAGAAGAAUGUUCUCUUAGAAAAUUCCCUUUCAGACUUGAAUGUUGAGUUAGAAGGGGUGAGAGAGAAAAUGAACUCAUUGGAAGAAUCCUGUGAAGCCCUCUUGCAAGAAAAAUCAAAUUUAGUUGCUGAGAAGGACACGCUGGCUUCUACAUUACAGGCCACAAAGGAGACUUGCCAGGAACUUGCAGAGAAGAACAAGAUGUUGGAAAUUACACUUUAUGAUGCAAACACAGAGCUUGAAAUGUCGAGGGAAAAAUCAAAGAUGUUAGAGGAGUCUUGCCUGUUGCUUGGGAAUGAAAAGUCGAUCCUGAUCACAGAGAUGGAAAAUUUGGUGUCAGAACUGGAUUCUACUCAACGAAGAAUGGAGGACCUGGAGACAAGAUACAAAGGGCUGCAUGAGAAAAGUUUGCUAUUAGAGAAGCAGAAAGCAUCUGUCUUGGAUGAAAUCUCGAAAUUGCAGGAUAUUUUGGUUGCGGAAAGGCAGGAACAUGCCGGUUUUAAGGACCUGAGUAAAGCGCAGUUGGCUGAUUUGGUCUCUCGGUUCAUCCUCCUCCAAAAGGAAUUGCAGUCCAAGACCAAUGAACACCAUGAGGAAUUGGAUAAAACUAUGUGUUCCCAGAUUGAUAACUUUGUCUUGCAUAAGUUCAUACAGGAUUUGAAAGAUAGAAAUUCUUUCCUCGCAUUAAAUUGCCAAAAACUUGUGGAAGCGUCCAAAUCCUCAGAAGAACGAGUUGCUCAAUUGGAGCAUGAACAUUCUGCUCGACAAAUAGAGCUGAAGUCUUUGUCCGAUCACAUUAAUGUACUGCACUUGGGGCUGUCCCAGAUACCCAAGAUGCUUGAAAUUGGUGCAAAAUCUAGCUUCCAAGAUGAUCUCAAGGAAGAUCAACCUCUUCUAGAUCCUAUCAUUCAGAAGGUCCAACGCUUGCAGAGUUUGCUCUCUGAAACUGAGGAGGAGAAUCUUCGGAUGUUCACUGAAAAAUCAGUACUUGACACAAUGCUGAGGCUGAGGGAGCUGGAGGUGGCUAAUCUCGUGGCUAAGAUGACUACCCUUGAUGACGAUCACAGGGUUCAAUCUGAGCAAUUCCUUUUAUUGCAGAGGGAGACCCGAGAAGUGACAGAAUUUAGCGAGGAUCUAGUACUGAAGGUGUUAGAGGGGCUUUGCAGAGAAGACGUGCUGAAAAAUGAAAUGAAGGUUUUGCAUGUGCAGCUGUCAGAUGUGCAAGGGGCUUUUGAACGUCUAAAGGAAGAUAACCACACAGUGCACGGCGAGAGAAGAUCUUUGAUCGAUGAAUUCUCACUCCUGAGUGAAGAAAAACGUAAACUGGAAGGGGAAAAUAGCAUUGUCUCUGACCAAACCAUAAGUGAAGCUACUACUUGUCUCGUUUACAAGAGUAUUCUCCUUCAAAAGUUUUCGGAAAUGAAGGAAUUGAAUAAAGCAUUAUCAGAACUGCACUUGGUGAACAUGGAACUGAAGGAGAAGCUAGAACUUGUGGAGCGCAAUUUGGAGAAAAUGCAAAUAGAGAAGUUGCAACUUGAGGGAUUGGUGGCAAACUCAGAGAAGGAGCUAAUAUCUGUUCGGUCAGUCAAUGACCAGCUGAAUGACGAGAUAGAUAGUAAAAAGGAGAUGUUGUGCCAGAUGGAAAACCAGCUUCUGGAAGCAGAACAGGUGGUAAAUGCAGUUGCCUCUGAGAAAACAGAGUUGCAAAAAGAGUUGGACCAUCUGAAGACCGAGUAUGCGGAAGUUCAGGAGGCAGGAGAAGAUCAUCUGAGGCAGAUUCUCAAGCUCUCUCGAGACUGUAAUCAUCACAGCAAGGAAGCCGAAAUUCUGCAUGAAGCAAAACAGCAGAUCGAGAUGGAACUGUCCAAGCUACUUAAAGAGCACGACGAUUAUAAAGUCAGGGAUCAGAACCUGAGUCUUGAACUGCAAAAGCACAAGGAUGAAAUUGUACAGUGGGAGGAGAAAUCUGUGGCACUUCUUGGCGAGCUAAUCUUUUCGGAUGUGCAAGAGGCAUCGCUUGAAGAGAAAAUUUGUGAACUCAGUGCGGCAUGUCGGAGUUUAAGUGAAUCUAAAUCUGCAGAGAUUGAACAGCUACAGGAUAGGGUCUCCACUUUGGAAGGGCAAAAUGAUGGGCUAAAUGCUAAGCUUUCUAGUUAUAUGUCAGAUAUUGGUUACUUGAAGAAUUCAGUGUCUUCAUUGGAGAGUCUUAUCUGUCUGUCAAAACAACUCAAGAAAGCCACUGAUCACAAUAUUAAGGAUGCCGACGCAACUGGUGACCAGGACACUGAUCAAGAUCGAGAGGCUGCUGAAGAAAUUACAUCUGCUGUAGAGGACGGAUCAUCAGAAAUCCAGGAUUUGCAUAGGAGAAUCCAAACCAUCGAGAAGGCACUUCUGGAAAUGGAGAGGGUUGCGACCCGAGAAAAAUCGCAAACUGAUUCUGAACUAGAGGCUGCGAUGGAAGAGAUUGAGAGGUUAAAAUCCAAAAUCAGCUUGGAUCAAGAAAACAGUUCGGGUAGCCAAAAUGGACCUGGUGGACUUAAUGACAGUAUGGCAAAUGGUGUGGUGCGGCAAAAACCCAAAACUGAGAUAAGCGAAGUGGAGAGCGAACUUUUGACUAAGGACAUCAUGCUCGACCAGAUCUCCGAGUGCUCGUCAAAAGGUUUGAGCAGGGGAGGAACUGUCGAGGCUGAUGAUCGAAUGCUCGAGUUGUGGGAAAGCACCGAAAAGAAUGGGAGCCCCGAGGUCAAAAUCAAUAAAGCACAAAAGGGAGCUGUCUUGCUGAGUCACUUCCAUGAAACCAAAGCCCAUGGGGAACACCGGAGCCUGAACCCUUCUACCGAAUCACUUCUUGAGAAGGAGCUGGGAGUCGAUAAACUAGACAUCUCCGGGAGUUUUGGAGGGUCGCAAUCUAAAGGAGGCAACAAGAAGAAAGUACUGGAAAGGCUCGAUUCAGAUGCUCAAAAGCUGACAAACCUGCAGAUAACUGUGGAGGACUUGAUGAAAAAGGUGGAAAAUACCAACACGGCCAAAAAGGGGAAGGGCUCGGAAUACGAUGUUGUGAAGGUUCAGCUGGAAGAGGCUGAACAAGAGAUCUCUAACUUGUUGGAGAAUAAUCAAAAGCUUGCGAAGAGCGUCGAGGAUGGUUUCUAUUACUACGGCGCAAAAUCUGCUAAGCAGUCGGACAACAGCGGGAACAUCAGUAGGAGGAGGAUAUCCGAACAGGCUCGGCGAGGCUAUGAGAGGAUUGGGCGGCUGCAGUUGGAGGUGCAGAAAAUACAGCUCCUUUUGUUGAAGCUGGACGAGGAAAAGGAAAGCAAAGGAGGGAAAACAAGCGUGCUGGAGCGGACAACAAGAGUUCGUCUGCGAGACUAUUUGUACGGCCGAAACCACCAAAAGGGUAAGAAAAAGCCCUUUUGUUCAUGCAUGCAGCCGCCUACAAAAGGUGACUGAGCCUCUUCUUACAGAGUUAGUAAUUGGUUUUACUAGAACUAGUUUCUGUCAAUAAUCUUUCUACCAUAGAGCCGUGAAGUUUGUAUUUUGUUGCUGUUUCAUAAGAGAGGACUAGGCUUCUUUCAGUGUAGAGAUUCUUUUUUGGUACAUGAAAGGCCCUAUCCUACUAAAUGUUGCUACUCUUUUUC